ACUUGUGACAUUUUGCAUUCAGAAGUGCUUCAAAUGUCUAUUAAGAGGGAAUAAUACUUGGAAUGUCACCGUUCCCCAGGGUGAGACAAACGUAUGGCAAAGCUCAUUUUGAAAGAGGGAGGAGGCAAGCCAGAGAAGCCCAUAACUUGUGUACAGAGUAUUGUUUCAAGUCAGUACACACUGUGUCGUAAGGCAAGAAAGAAGCACUUAGCCAUUUCAUACAUGCAAUCUAUCAAGAAGAAACAGUGUUCAUACUUUUCAUGUAGUAUUAAUACGAGGUUACUGAUAUUAGUAACAGGCAAAGCCUAGGAACAGAUAAACUAAUAGCUUACCCAAAGAACAGAGAAAGCAAUAUUGCCAUUUGCACCUUUACCUGCCCAUUGCUGCAUACAGUGGAAAGAGCCUGAAUAUAAUUUUUCCUACCCAAAGGUACAGGUAGUUUUUGCUCUAGAUUUCAAUUAGAUUGCUUUACAUCGGAAACCCAAUCAAACAAAAAGCAAGAAAGAGAGAUGGCACUUACUAAAAGACUCUGGAAAUGCUACCAAAGGACUGUAAAAGUAAUAACUUUUAAUAGGUAAGUACCUAAUUCUGGACAAUCUCAUAACAAAAGGAGGACUGUAGCUUUGUUUAAAUGUAAGCUCUAGUUGAUGUACAGAAAACAGCAUUUCUUGAAAUCUGCAGGCCAGAUGGAUUAAUUAGGUUGCUAACUGUAAACAGCCAGUCUUAACUGCCCACCAUGGAUUUUCCAAGUGUACGGUUCACACCUUCUGUUACAAUUGCUGAACACAAAAACUCACCCUACCACUUUUCAGACACUUGUACUGUUAGCAGUUAAGAGAUCUAAUAUUGUUUUCUUUCAGAACAGUCUAGUCUAAGACACUUUUUAAAGCCAAACUGUACACAUGGCUUAUUUUUUCCCCAAACUUUGUGGUUUUCCUGUAGAUAGUCUUCUCAGAACGACUAGGUUGGGAAGUAAUACUUUUAAGAGCUUUUCUUUUUGUUUCCUGAAGGAAUCAGACCUCUGGUUUUAAAACCAACAAAAUACCAGGCUUUGCUGGGAGCUGCUCCAGGGUCCCACACUGUAAGCUUUUGUUCCUUUCGGUUCACAGCGGCGCUGGACUUUGAGACAACCGCCCAAAGGCCUUGUUUGUGCGCCAAAGCUCCUGCUGCCGCUGCUUCAUAGCAUUACGUCGUACGAAGAUUAAACGUCACUAGUCUCUAUGUAAGGCACAACUUCAUGUUGUGCAUACAAGUGCUCUUCGGUCUGUACAUCCCUGGGGAACCGCUGUGCCUUUCUUUAACGCUGCCCAAGGACCAGGAGGGGCAGGAGGCGACUCGCGCUGCGGCCCGGCUGCAGCGGGGCAUGGCAGGAGCGAUUCAGAGAGGGAGGCGGGGGGCAGCCGGACGGAGCCGGAACGGGGCGCAGAGCCCGCCGAGCGGCCGAGGAGGCACCCCCUGUCCUUAUCGUGGAUGGGCAGCGAUUCCCCCUCCUCAUCCCGCCCGAGCGCUCUCCCCGCACGCGGCAUCCGGGGCCAGGCUCCUCCUCCCCGGCCUCCGCACGAGCCGAUUCAGCCCGCUCAGCGCUUGUCCCCGUCCGGGUUGGUUCCACCCGGGGCAGGCGCUUAGCAAUAAGUCCUGUCCCCCUUGGAAGAGCUCUGUUCCCGCCGCGCCCUGCCGGCUGCUCGGCGAGCCGGGGUUCCCCGCGGACGGGGCGCGCGCGCGGGGCUGACGGGCGCGCGCGGCGGCGGGAGGGGCCGCGGCCGGAGGGAGGGAGGGAAGGAGGCGGUUGUGCAGGAGCCGCCGGUGCCGCGGUGAGAUGGCAUCAUUCUGCGCGGCGGCGGAGGGGUGAGGAGCCGCCGAGGAAGAGAAAAAAAGACGAGAAAGGUGGGAGGAAGGAAGGAGAGGAAGGAGGCGGCAGCUGCGAGGCUGCGAGCCGCACGGACUUUAGAGCUAUCUUGCUGAAAAUCAUUGUGGAGAUGGAGAAAAUAAUGUAAAAAAUGGUGUGAAGAUGUCAUAUUUUAAAAAUGAACAGCAAAAUAAUUUUUAUACAUUCAAGUAUCUUCGCCUUGCAGCCUGAAGUGGGCAGAAGAGAGCUCGUCUGUGCUUCUGCUAAAGCCUAAACCUCUGACAUGGCCACAGCCUCUCCAAGAUCUGAUACAAGUAACAGUCAUAAUGGAAGAUUGCAGAUGCAAGUAACAGUUUCUAGUGCCAAACUGAAACGGAAGAAGAAUUGGUUUGGAACAACUUUCUACACGGAAUUAACUGCAGAUGGAGAAAUUAAGAAAACAGCAAAAUCAAGUAGUUCUUCAAAUCCAAAAUGGGAUGAGCAGCUGACAGUGAAUGUGACUCCACAGACUACGCUGGAAUUUAGAGUGUGGAGCCAUCACACUUUAAAAGCAGAUGCUUUAUUAGGAAGAGCCACUGUAGACUUGAAACAAGCUUUGGAAAUACACAAUAGAAAAUUGGAAAAGGUGAAAGAACAAUUGAAACUCUCUUUGGAAAACAAGAGUGGCAUGGUGCAAACAGGUGAACUGACAGUUGUGCUAGAUGGUUUGGUUGUUGAACAGGAGUCUCUUACAAAUCUCAGUUCAUCAGCAACCAUAGAAGUUCAGCAAAAUGGCGAGGCUGUGCAUGAAAGCAGAGAUGCUUCAGCAAGAAGUACAUCCAGAUCUGCUUGUGACGUUUCCAAUGGGAUAGACAAUCAAGUACCUUCCAGCUCUGUAGUACAGAAUACGUUCUGUGUAGAAGCUGUUAAUGGAGACAGCACACCAUCUCCUACUCACGUUGCAGCUAGACCCAAAAAUACACCAGUACCCAAACCACUUGUAGCUCAGCCUGUCAACAGCACUGUAAAUGGUGAGUCAUCCGCCUCUGCACCAGAAGCUGGUAAUUCUUCUGUCUCCGAGGCUCCAAUAGGUUCAGUUGAAGCUGCCAUGUCUUCAGAUUGCACUAACACUACAGAAGAACCUCAGUCAACAACAGAAGCAACUAGUUGUUCCGAAAGCCACACUGCUGCAUUACCUGUUGUGUCUGCUGGACUAGAGCCUACAGCUGCAACAGACUGUGCUCAACCUAGUGCUAGAAACAGUACCACAGCAGAUGCAGCAAAACCAAGGGAAUCCUCUUCCACCUCAAGUGCAUCUGCAGAACCUGUAAGACAGCAGCCUGGUAGUGCCAGCACAGAACCUUUGCCACCAGGGUGGGAGCAAAGAAAGGAUCCUCAUGGUAGAACCUAUUAUGUUGAUCACAACACACGAACUACAACAUGGGAAAGACCACAGCCCUUGCCUCCUGGCUGGGAAAGAAGAGUUGAUGAUCGUGGGAGAGUUUACUAUGUGGACCACAACACCAGAACAACAACGUGGCAGCGACCAACAAUGGAAUCAGUAAGGAACUUCGAACAAUGGCAAUCUCAACGGAAUCAACUGCAGGGAGCUAUGCAACAGUUUAACCAACGAUACCUCUAUUCGGCUUCAAUGCUGUCAGCAGAAAAUGAUCCACUUGGGCCUUUGCCGCCAGGUUGGGAAAGGAGAGUGGAUUCAAAUGAUAGGGUGUAUUUUGUAAAUCAUAACACAAAGACAACCCAGUGGGAAGACCCUCGAACUCAAGGUUUACAAAAUGAGGACCCUCUUCCAGAGGGCUGGGAAAUCAGGUAUACCAGAGAAGGUGUCAGAUAUUUUGUUGACCAUAACACAAGAACCACCACCUUCAAUGAUCCUCGCACUGGGAAGUCUUCUGUAAAUAAAGGGCCACAGAUUGCUUAUGAGCGUAGCUUUAGGUGGAAACUUGCUCACUUCCGUUACUUGUGUCAGUCCAAUGCACUGCCAAGUCAUGUGAAAAUCAAUGUAUCCAGACAGACUUUGUUUGAGGAUUCCUUCCAGCAAAUUAUGGCAUUAAAACCCUAUGAUUUGAGAAGGAGAUUAUAUGUUAUAUUCAGAGGAGAAGAAGGAUUGGAUUAUGGUGGCUUGGCAAGAGAGUGGUUUUUCUUGCUUUCCCAUGAAGUACUGAAUCCUAUGUACUGCCUAUUUGAGUAUGCUGGCAAGAGCAACUAUUGCCUGCAGAUAAAUCCAGCAUCAACAAUCAAUCCUGACCAUCUUUCAUAUUUCUGUUUCAUUGGGCGCUUUAUUGCCAUGGCAUUGUUUCAUGGAAAAUUUAUUGACACUGGUUUUUCUCUGCCUUUCUACAAACGAAUGUUGAGUAAGAAACUUACGAUUAAGGACCUAGAAUCUAUUGAUACUGAAUUUUACAACUCCCUAAUUUGGAUAAGGGAUAAUAACAUCGAAGAAUGUAACUUGGAAAUGUACUUCUGUGUGGAUAUGGAGCUCUUAGGAAAAGUAACUUCACAUGAGCUGAAAUCAGGAGGUUCAAAUAUCUUGGUAACUGAGGAGAACAAAGAAGAAUAUAUUGGGCUAAUGGCUGAGUGGCGAUUUUCUCGGGGAGUUAGAGAACAAACCAAAGCUUUUCUCGAUGGUUUUAAUGAAGUUGUUCCUCUACAGUGGCUACACUAUUUCGAUGAAAAGGAACUGGAGGUUAUGCUCUGUGGUAUGCAAGAAGUUGAUUUAGCAGACUGGCAGAGGAACACUGUUUAUCGUCAUUAUACAAGGAAUAGCAAGCAGAUCAUAUGGUUCUGGCAGUUUGUAAAAGAAACAGACAACGAGGUUCGCAUGCGACUUCUGCAGUUUGUCACUGGCACGUGCAGAUUACCACUGGGUGGAUUUGCUGAAUUGAUGGGAAGUAAUGGCCCUCAGAAAUUCUGCAUUGAAAAAGUUGGUAAGGAAACCUGGUUACCAAGAAGUCACACUUGUUUUAAUCGUUUGGAUUUGCCACCAUAUAAAAGCUAUGAACAACUAAAAGAGAAGCUGCUCUUUGCCAUUGAAGAAACGGAGGGAUUUGGUCAAGAGUAGAAGUGGCUUCUAGUGAAAAAGGAGAUCUUGCAUAAUAAAAGGCCCAGCCAACUAAAAUUGCACACUUAAUUGUAUAUAAGCUUUUUGUUCUGUACAGUGAUCUUUCUGGAACUCUAAAAGUAUAAUUGUUCUCCGUUCUUCCACAAAGAUAUGCAAAACAGUUCAGCCUUUUCUACUUUUAUUUAUUGCCCUUCCAAAAGACCAGAAAAAACCCUCAUAAAUUUUGAAAGCAGACAAGAGACUUAUUUAAAAUAUAUAUUAAAAAUAUAAAUAUAUAUACUAAUAGGCUCUAGUUUUAUAGAGCUUUAAGUGUAUGAAGAGUUGCAGCCAUUUAGAAGGGCCUGGAUUUGCUUUAUCUUGGCUUCAUUAUUCAGAAAAAAAUGUUUAAACUGCUCUGUGUUCUCCCUUAAGAAACAUCUCCAAGUUUGUUUUAUUGCAUGGCUGUUCUAAAAGGUGUUAAAGGCUUAGGCCAAACGUAUCCUAAAUAUGUAGAAAGAAGCUGCUGGUAUUUGAGUUGACAGAAUAUGUUGUUCUGUCAGUUUAAUUUUUUUAAAUACGUAAAUAGCUGAUAUAGACCCCUCUACUGAUGUAGCCAAGGUCAUGAAUAAAGCCUUUACUACUUGCACAAGAGUCAUGUACAAUAAGAUGAAUGUGAUUUAAUGUUGAAAGAAAUUGGUGCCACUGUUCUGACUUACUGUAGGAGCUGAACAGAAUAUUUUAAUUCAUUUGAGCAGCAUUGAAAUUUGUUUACAUAUUACCUUGGGUUAUUACCACGAGGAUGUUAGGUAAUCUUAAAAGAAAAACAUAAUAAUAAAAGAGAAACUAUUACACAUUCUCUCCUUGGUCUGGUGUCUUACAGGUUUCUUUGCUUGUAUUUUGUUUCCCUUUUCAAUCCGUGAUGUCCUUCUUACAACUGUGUAGACUCUAUUAAUGUAAACUGAGAUAUAAGGGCACACAAAAGGCAAUGCAAAUUUGCUGCUUCCUGGGUUCAGUUUCAGUUAUUGGAUUGAGUAAGCCCAAAUAAAAUGACAGUUAAAUAAGCUUUGCACAGAUAAAAAUAUUAAGUAGUAAAUACUCUCAUAUCUCUUAAGUUCUUACAGAGAUUCAGAUAUACCUGAAUUAACUGAGUAUGUCUAAAAUCUGUCAUUCUUUUAUGUAGGUUAAGUUUGUCCUAAGUGCACAAUAAUAUAAAGACAUUUAAAAAAAAGUUUUAUUGGCACUCAUUGAGGGCAUUUGCUGAACUGCAAAAACGUGUUUAAAAAACCCCACAACUUUAACACCUUAUUCAUGUGAACUAUAUUAAAUGCUACUUUUAGCAAACCGUGCUUCCUUAUUACAGAGUAAAAACAUGUUUAAAAUAACCAUUUGUAUUAUGCUUUAAAUAUUAACUGUGAAUUCCAUUACAUUCAACUUAGACAAUUUUGUACACACAAGAAAAUGAUUUCUUAGAAUAUGAUUAAAACCACUUCUGUAACAUACCAUAUUGCACUGUUAAAAGUGUACAUGCAGGCAAAAUAGCUGUCUCUGUUCACGUGUCUUUCCAAUACAGCAACUGAAUUCUGCCAAAUUUACAUAUAGAUAUAUAUAUAUAUAUAUAUAUAUAUAUAUAUAUAUAUAUAUAUAUAGGAUUCUCUUGAGGCUUUGUAUUUGUCAUGCAGAGACUACUCUGGAGCUGUUAACCUUCUGAAAGCUUCUGAAACACCAGUGGUGCAGUGGGCCCAACAGACUGCUAUAGUACGUGAACUUUCUAUAAGAAAAGCUUCAAAAGUUUCCACCACUUUGAAGGUUUUUUUAUACCGCACCGAAUAUCUUCUGCAAACCCAUUUUCAUAAAUAGAGAAUUUAAUUAAUUUCAAGUGCAAAUCCACUUAAAUUAUGACUUUUGCAGUUAGAACAGAGAAAGCAUUAAACCCAAAACAACCAUCAAAAGCUAGGCAACAGAAGCCUGUGUGCCCUGCUCAAAAGACAGUUUAAGAGGGCUAAAUGUCAUAGAGUUGACCUUCAUGAAUUUGCACUAAUGAGUGAGUCGGUGAC